AUGGCUUUUUGCUCCGAAGCAUCCAAGAAGUGGAUGUACCUCGUCAAUCAUGUCUUCUUGCCCCCAAAGCUGCCUCAAGAGAACGAUACUCACGGUGAUCACGAAUACUUCCUCGCCACCAAGGUUUUUAAGUCCUUGAAAGACUUCAGUACUACGCAAAAGGAUGCCGAACCCUCGGUCGUCCGAGCUUUGCAAGCCGCGAUGGAUGCUACUGCCAACGUGGUUGCAGUUCACAACUUCACAGCGGCAAACCGGGACAUUACGGUUAUUGGCAAUGAGCUUCUGAAACAGUUUCAACCUUUGCUUGGCAAUGAUAAUGAGCUAGUUGGCAUAUUCCCUAUCCCUGUCAAGGUCUCCGACCAGAACGCCGGAAUCUUCAUGUAUCGACUAGACGACUCGAUCCGAUUCGAGAUGUUUGAACUAGUCCCUAUGGAGCAGCUCGACGAUGACUUUCUCGUUUCCAUCUGCAACACGAUCCAGAGGAUGAGCGGCCAGGUUGCCCACGGGACAUCGCCAACCCAGAAAAAGGCCAACCAGUCCCACGACGAAACCAGAGAGCCGGGAAUCAAGAAACAUACGCGGGACGAGGUCCUAUGGAAAGAUUGUCUCUUGCCGUGGCGAAGGUCCUCUCUGUGGCUGCUCAUGCGGGUCUCCAUCCAGCUGGCACUCGUCCGAUCUGGCCUUCCUGCCGUAGAGGCGUCCAGCCUUUACAAGCAAUUUAUGCUCUUCUUUACAGCCAAUACACUCGCUGAAGCAUCCAAGGUCCUCCAGUCUGAUACCAACUGCUUGGAGUGGACCGACCUUGUCUACGCAAUGAAGGCCAAGGUCUCCCGUCGUCUUCACAAACUCGACGCACGCCUUUCGCGGCCGCUGGAAUCGAGAAUCAGCACCGCGAUGAAAAAUGCAACCGUAUUGCUCAAGGCUCAUUGGCAGGCUGUGCGAGACAAGGAGCGCGAGGCCGAUAGCGCUCGUGUCUCUGCUGCUGGUCUCGCGGAACUAGACUUUGAGAAGGAUACCCGAGCUUACCUCCCCGCGGUGGAUCGCUUCAUCCAAACAAUCUCGGAGCGCGGGGGCGAGGCGAUGGGGCAGCUGUUUCAGCCGCAGUGCCCCCUUGUCGAUACCAAGGAGGGAAAACCAUGGGAAAUGCUAUCUACUGGGAAGGAAAAAGUGUUUUGUGCUUCCACCCUCGACCGAUGUUCGGUGAUGAUGACGGAGCUAGGAGGUGCGUCUGCCACGAUAAAUUCCACAGAUGAAACCACCCGAAUCUGUUUCGAGGCAAUGCAGUCGCACAGCAGCCCUGCGGCUAGUUCCGCCACCCACAACCCUGAAGCGUGGUCCCUCAUGGUCCUCGGCGUUCUCGAGCUCUGGGUCGUCUGUGACCGGGCAGCCACGAAGGAAUGCCCUCUCCUGCUUACCUACGACCCAUGCAUUGACCCAGAUCAUUUCCAGGUCCUCCUUCUCCCGUUCCGAUCCCAGAUGGAGAGACUUGCCAAAGUGGAGGAGUACGUGCGAGGGCGCAGUUUUGGCGCGUCGCAGCCCUGUCCAUGGACAGGAUUCGGCCAGGCAGACAGCUUCGCUGCGAAGUACGUUGAUCUAUCUUCCAAACACCAGGACCUGCUCCGAUCCAUUCAAAAGGAGGCCACGGAAUGUCAGGAAAGAAAACGGGAGGAAUUUCGCACGAAACUGGCACAGCACAACAGCCUCAUGUCUCAAUACUAUGCGGCCGCGUGCGAAUAUUAUACUGAAAUAGUUGACGACGACGAGUAUAUCAAACACAAGGGAGGCUGUAAAAAUGUGCCCUGCUACGGCAGGCACAGGGGAUGGAGAUUCACAUAUUCGAGUGGCCACUCCUCCAAGGAGGCAUCUGCCAAGGCCGUUGUCUUUGAGCUGCAGAUUCCUCACUGGUACGCCAUUUGGCGUCAAGCUACCAACUUUGUCAUCUUUGAUAUCCUAAACCAUGACUACACCAGCGGAGCCAAACCAGAGAGAGUCUAUUUGCUUUCUGCGGAUGUCCAUCUUCAAAAGCACUUCUCGGCGCCGCCGCAGCGGUUGGGAGGGCGACGCAUUGGUCUCGGUUCACAAGCCAAAGCCAACUACCAAUACUUUGACGAGUCGGUCUCCCGCUUCGUCGGGAAGAUCGACUCGGCGUCUCAGAUUACUGCUACGGCUGAUUCCGCAACUUACAAGCUGCCGGCCGUCUCUCGUGCGCUCCAAGUAUACCUAAUGAGACCACCAGCCUCUCCGGAUGGCCCCUCGCCUAACACGGUGCUAGCCUCGCAGCACAGCUGCCCCGAUCACAUGUCCCUGAAUGAAUACAAGGCGCUUUGCUCCAUACCCCUGGGGCAUCGGAUCCAGUGGCAAAAUCUUCUCGCGCAAGUCACGGCGCCCUGUGUCGACUUUCGAAAGAUUGAGACAGCCCAAGUAGUCCUCCAAUGCAUGUAUCAAGCGGGGCCUUGUACUGACGACCUAAGGUGGUACCGUGACAGUCACUCAAUUCCCGUCUUUGAAGAUCGGUUCUGCGAAACUAUGCUGGCGAGUUUGGGCGAGGCCACCGCCAAAAUCGAGGAUAAUUGGCAGUGCAUCCACGAGCUAUCGACUUAUAUCAUGGCCCGAAUAAUAGCCUGGGACUGGAUCAAGGUGCUCAAGGAUCGCGUCAACGACACAAUAUCCGAUGAGGGCAAAAUUAGCCUGCGGGCCAAGGUCGCCCACGCAGCGCUGGUACACGCCGACUCAUUCAACCUCGAUGACAAGUUGGCAAAUGGCCAAUCCGUCUUGCAUCUCAUUCUCAAAGAAGACUCUAAUGCAGCAGACUUUAUCAAGAGCUGCAUCACAAUUCAGGAGAGUUACUCUGAAAACUGCUGUACCGACGCCUUGCAGCCCAUGCUCCACUGGAGGUGGCAACUUCUCUGCGCUCGCACAUGCGACAUACUCUACAGUCUCAUCGCUGACAGGUCGAGAAGCUGCCUAGACGACGCCAUUGAGUUCUCCUGGGCGGCAUAUCGACCAAGCGGCGAGGGUUGGCGAAGCGCCGUCGACAAGACGUGGUGUUCCCACGGCCAAAGGACAUGGCUGACGACCAAGAGCGGGUCCCAAAAUGGUACUGGUGACGCGAUGGUGGUUCACUACUGCCUGGUUACUGGCGAGCUACGUGUUAACGGGUACCCACUAAACCGCCUUCCAGCCAGUUACGAGAACCAUGCGAUGUACAAGAGGCUCUUUGGACGGACGGCUAUCGAGGUAAUGCCCGGAUGCUACCCGGGACUAGGGUUCUCUGGAAAGAAGCUGCACAUGGGCCACGAGGUUCACUUCGGGUCUUCGGGGCCUGAACAAGGACCUAGUCGGCACCAUCUGCUUGUGAGGGCGAUAAAGGGAGGGAAAACCUGGGAGUUUAUCGAGCCGGGACUGUUUACGGGCUUUCCCACGGAAUUUGUCGAUAAUUACGUCCACUGGUAUGACAUGGAGUCCAACAUCAUCGAAUUCCGGCCCGUCAAAGAACCCUGGAGCACAUCGCAGGACAACUGGAGCAAAAGCCGCACCUCAGGCUUGCUCAGCAGGCUCCUUGGGCCACUCGUCGAUGUUUCCGACCUCCAUUUGAUUUACCACCCUACGUUGCAGGUUUUGGACAUGGAACUGCCGAAAUUGAAACUUUCCUUCACGCUGCAGGAGGGCACUAGCACCGUCGCGUCAAGUCAAUUCCGAGGGAUGGUUAUCGACGCAAAUCAAGCCAUCGACACGCUGGUGGGGUUUCAGAACAAGCUCGUCUUGUGUAGUAGUCACUCUGAUUUCAUGACUCGCAAGGUCCUUCUCGCAGAAGGUCCGAUCACUUCCCAGAUGUCACGAAUGCACGUUUCCUCAUUCAUCAACAAAAGCCACGUCGUCCGCGCCCACGCCUACGAUGUGGAUCCCCAACUUUGCCGGCUAGUGGACAAUGGGAGCCUGGAAAGCAAGCUCUUUCUAUGCCACAUCCAUGCCCUGACGUCGUUCUGUCUUCCCGACCCGCUGACAAUGCAUACCGGGACGGAGACGGCGCUCGACAUUUUGAGGUCUGCGGCCGUCAAGUCGUUUGUGCUAUUCUCGCAGGAAACCCUUUUCAAGCUGGGACAGAUCGCAAGUAACGUUGGCUUCAUGGCACAGCAUCCGGGUUUCCUCGGGGCCGUUACCGCGCUGUUCCAGGCCGCUGCUGAGAGAAAGUUCUUCUACCGCGAGCAGUACUUGGAACCUCCCAGGUUCGACAAGCACAAGGACCGCCUCAUUGCGCGCGAUGAGAUGCGAACCUCAUGUUUUCGCAUAUCACGCUACGGCGCCGAGAAGCACGACACCACGCUGGAUAAGACCUACACAUCUCGUGACAAAGGCCAGGAGUCUGCUAGGGCCCAACGAGCGUUCGAUAUCGCCCAAUACGUGUUCAGCGAGAGGGAAGCUCCAGCAUUCGAUAUUUCGAACAACGGAACGGCGGCGCACAUUUGGAAAUUCCUCGAAAAAAGGCUGGCCAACUGGUGUACGGGCCAUCUAAAGGGCCGCAAUUUGGCAUAG